AUGAUCACAGUGAUCACCGAAGACGGUCGCACAUUCCCCAUCGAUGUCGAUGCCUCGAUCGAACUUGAAAACCUCAAAGCCCUCCUCGAAGUUGAUUCCGCCAUCCCCACCGACCAACAGCAUCUUCUCCACUCCGGAAAGCCGCUUCACGAUGAUAAAGCCACCCUUUCCAGCCUGGGAGUCGCAAAUGACGAUCUUUUGAUUCUUCGAGAUCGACGUCAAUCCCCCUCCUCCUCCUCUACCACCACCACCACCCGUACAACCGCUCUUGCAGCAUCAUCCGAAGAACAAGCAGCAGAAGAAAUUCGCAACCGUAUCCUCUCCGAUCCUGCUGCUCUAUCCAUGCUCCGCUCCAACAACCCAACCCUGGCCGACUCGCUGGAAUCCCCCGCUCGUUUCCUCUCGCUCCUCCGCGCACAACAGUCUCAGAUGGAACAAGCAAACCCCAACCCAGGUCUGCAAGACAUUACAGACGAAUUUGACAUUGAUGCACAACGACGUAUCGAAGAAAACAUCCGUCAGCAGCGUGUUCUAGAAAACCUCGAACAUGCGAUUGAAUACUCGCCCGAAUCUUUCGGUCGCGUUACAAUGCUCUAUGUCGAUGUGAAAGUAAACGGAACGCCAGUCAAAGCUUUCGUUGACUCAGGAGCUCAAGCUACCAUCAUGUCUCCUGAAUGUGCGGAAAAGUGCGGAAUUAUGCGAUUGCUCGAUACCCGCUUUUCCGGCAUAGCGAGGGGUGUAGGCACAGCUAAAAUCCUAGGAAGAGUACAUUCAACGCAGCUACAGCUGGGCAAAGGGUUGUUCUUGCCGUGCAGUUUUACAAUCAUGGAAGGCAAAGGAGUGGAUAUGCUUUUUGGACUGGAUAUGUUGAAGAGGUACCAAGCGAGUAUCGAUCUAGCAAAGGGAGUGCUGAGGGUGAAUGAAGAGGAAAUUAGGUUUUUGGACGAACAUGAGUUGCCGGAGGAAGCGAGAAUCGAGUAUGAGGUUGAUGACCAGGGAAAGCCAAAGUCGAAGCAGAAGGAGGCGGUGUUGGGUGCGGCUAGUGCAAAUGCUAAUGCGGCAGCGAGUGCGAUUGCGAGUGCAAGUGCAAGUGCGAGUAAGGUGGGCAAGUUUCCCGGUUCGGGGCAGUCACUCAGCUCUAGCAAUACGGGAGCAAACAACAGUGCUUCAGCUGGAGGCAGUGCAGAUCAACAGCAUUUUGAUUCUUAUGGAUGGUCUUUCUCACAUCCCCAAUCGAGCCAGCAGCCUCAACCGGGUGCACAAGCAAUAGCGAACGGAGCGCAAGGAGAUGGAGCAAAGCAGUUCCCAGAAGCAUCGCUAAAAGCUCUUACUGAUCUCGGAGCCACUCAGGCCCAAGCUCGAAGUCUGUUGACUGCAGCACAAGGUAACGUUGAGGUUGCAGCUAGUUUGCUUUUCCAGCAGUAA